GCGUCGUGAAGCCCCAGGGCCAUGGGGAGCGCGCGCGACGCCAUCCUCCAGGCCCUGGAGGACUUGAACUCCGAUGAGUUCAAGAAGUUUAAACUGAAGCUGCAGUCCGUGGAGCUGCGCGAGGGCUACGGCCGCAUCCCGCGGGGGCAGCUGCAGGUCAUGGACGUCGUGGACCUCACCGACAAGAUCGUCAGCUGCUACACGGAGCACUACGGCGCGGAGCUCACGGAGCUGGUGCUGCGCAGCAUGGGCUUGCUGGAGCAGGCGACGGUGCUGCAGAGCGCGGCGCACAGGUCCCGCCACCACCACCGCUCAUCUGUUCCCUCCCCCCUCCCUCCUUUCCCCCUGCCCGCAGUGGUGCAUUUCGUGGACAAGCACCGGGAAAGUCUCAUAAUUCGGGUGACCAACGUGGACGCGCUCCUGGAUGCCCUUUAUGGCAAGGUGCUGAAGGAGGAUGAGUACCAGGCCGUGCGUGCAGAGCUCACCAACCAGAACAAGAUGAGGAAGCUCUACAGCCUGAUGCCAGCCUGGUCCCUGCACUGCAAGGACCUGCUGCUCGAUGCCCUGCGGAACACCCAUCCGUUCCUGGUGAAGGACCUGGAGAAGAGCUGA